AUCAAAAAUAUUGUAAUCAUGGCCGUUCGCCGGAUAUCUUCGAUGUUCUUAUUCCGUUAGUCGGCAUCUAUUUGCUUGAAGAAGGAACUGUGAACGUAUAUCCAUUGUUCUCUAGAUUAUACACCUCGUGCGAAUCACAAAUGACGGACUUUUUCAGAUUUUUUUUUGAACUGGCACCAUGAGUUUUCUGUCCAAAUAUAUUUGUGGUUCAGUGCGGGCAUUUGGAUACGUAUGUCUGGUCAUCUUUAUUGUUACGCUUCUUUCCUUUGGCUACUAUGCUUACUUUCGUUAUAAUACCAUACCUAGCACUCCUGUAGUUAUCAAUACGUGGGCGUUUACCGAUUCAACGACUAAAAGUUGGUCAAUAUUAAACUCAAAUGGCUCAGCGAUAGAUGCAGUUGUAGCUGGAUGUACUGUUUGUGAACAAAACCAGUGUGAUGGGACUGUUGGUUAUGGCGGUAGUCCUGAUGAAAAUGGAGAAACAACUUUAGAUGCUCUUAUUAUUGAUGGAGUAACUAUGAAUAUGGGAGCAGUUGGUCAUAUGAAACGUAUCAAGGAUGCAGCUAAAGUAGCUAGACAUGUAAUGGAAAACACAAAACAUACUCUUCUUGUAGGUGAUGGAGCAACCCAAUUUGCAAUACAAAUGGGCUUCAAAGAAACUGAUCUUAGUACCAAUUAUUCAUUGACAUUAUGGAACCAAUGGAAAACCAAUUGUCAACCUAACUUUUGGAAUAAUGUCCGUCCAAAUCCAGAAAAGUAUUGUGGACCUUACAAACCAAAUCCAUCUUCAAAAUCAAAACCUACUUCAAAUUUCGUGGAUAUGAAAAAUCAUGAUACUAUUGGAAUAGUGGCAAUCGAUCAUAAUGGUAACAUUGCUGCAGGUACAUCUACAAAUGGAGCAAAAUUUAAAAUACCUGGAAGAGUUGGUGAUUCUCCUAUUCCUGGGUCUGGUGCUUAUGCUAUGAACAACAUCGGGGCUGCUUCAGCAACGGGAGAUGGAGAUAUAAUGAUGCGAUUUUUACCUAGUUUUCAUGCUGUCCAAGCAAUGAAGUAUGGGCAUAAUCCGAAAGAUGCUGCUCAAUUAGCUAUAAAUACUAUAGUCCAGUAUUAUCCAGAGUUUAGUGGUGCCAUAAUUGUUGUCGAUAAGUAUGGGCAUUAUGGUGCAGCUUGUCAUGGAUUUGAUAAAUUUCCAUAUUCUAUAGCAAAUUCAAAUUUUGGUAAAGUAAUGGUCUUAUAUGCUGAAUGUACCAAAUUAUAAAAUUAUUUUCAUUUAUUUAUUAUUCAUAUAGAUAUGGAUUGAAAUUAUGUUUCCAUUAAUA